AUUUAUGAUGGUGGAAUGUUACUCACCGUUCAAUAAAACCAUGAUGUACUACGGUAAUAACUCAGAGCCUGGUGCUCAUUUUCCAUUUAACUUCUUAUUCAUCGGAACGUUCGAUCAACAGUCUGAUGCUGCUCAGGUCCAUGAUAUGAUCAGAUCAUGGAUGUAUGGUAUGCCCACCGGCAUGUGGCCUAACUGGGUGUUAGGUAACCAUGAUAACGCAAGAGUGGCUUCAAGGACCAAUCCAAUGUUAGUCGAUGGACUACACAUGAUCCAACACCUCUUACCCGGCACCUCAGUGACUUAUUAUGGGGACGAACUAGGUAUGAUUGAUACAAAUGUUCGUUGGGAUCAAACUGUUGAUCCAGCGGGUCUUAACGUGGGUCCCUAUAGGUUCUUGAAAUUCAGCAGAGAUCCAGUGAGRACUCCAUUCCCAUGGGACAAUUCGUAUAACGCAGGUUUUUCUAAUUCAUCUUCAUUGUGGCUUCCUCUUAACGCUGAUUAUUGGAAAAAAAAUAUGGCAGAUGAAUCCAGGCACAAAAGUAACUUAAAGUCAUACAGACAAUUGGCGCAAUUGAGGAGAAGUCUGACAUUUGUCAAAGGCGAUUUGCAUUUGUACACACUGUCCAAAUGGGUGUUUGGAUUUUCACGGAGUUUUUAUGAUCACCCGACUUAUUUUAUCGUAGUUAACUUUGGGAGUGAAAUAGAAACAGUUAACUUGUUGGAAGCUAGAGGUACUUUACCACUGACUUUGAAAGUUAAGGUCUCUAGUAUUAACUCUGGUUAUGUUACUGGAAAUAUAUUAUGUACUGAAAAAGUGUUACUGCGUCCAAAAGCAGCUCUUGUACUCACAACCUCAAGAGUUAGUGAAGAUUAAAAAUUUAAUUUAUAAAAUAUUUAAUUUAUAAAAUAUUUAAUUUAUAGCUUGUAUAAGUUGAACAUAAGUUAGUAAGCAUAAGUUUAUAAAUUAUAACUAUUAUUGAUUAUAGCAUUAAUUAUUAAACAAUAUUCAAUUAUUGUCACCAGUUCUCAAUAAACCUAUUUGAGUUUCUAAUGUUGUGU